GUUCGGGGUGAUAGUGUCCGCGGCCAGCCCUCGUCCCUUGAGUAAACAAGAACAAACAGGCAAAAAGAUCAGCAGCGCAAACAGAGCGGAAGUAAAGUCAAAACUGUAAUGAAUAAAUCCAGAAAUAAGAAAAAUAGCUGGCAGAAAGAGUUGGACAAAAUAAAAGAUCUUGUUAUCGAUUACGAUGGAGAAACAAAGUUGUUUGAAAAAGAAUGCAAACAGUUUAUGAGCAAAUUUGUGGAAACAGUAUUUACCGCUGAUGGAUAUAUUGCUCAGGAAGAAAAAGCUAAAUUCGGAUUGCUUGUGCAGCAUCCAGAGGGAAGAGAAUGGUUUGGAAAAUUUAUUGACACUCAGCGUGUUUACAACAAAGAAGUAGACGAGUUCACGUUUUACAGAUUGGUUCAAUAUUUCGCUGUAGCACUUUUCGAGUGCAAUGUGUCUGAUGAUUUUGGUCCAGCUACUUCAAUUAUGAACAUGUGUUUCACCUAUCACUAUACCUCGACUGCAAUCAUAGGACGAAAAUCUUCAAAACAAUAUGUUUACGAAUAUUUGAAAGAUCAGGCUAUCUGGAAAUCUUUACGAUUUUGGAAUGCGGCUUUUCUUGUCGCUAUACAUGCUGACCGAAAGAAACGCACCGGUGAUAUUCAAGGAUGGAGUACGUGGGAUAGUGAACAGAAAAAAGAUUUCGAAAUUGGCGAAGAAAAUUCCUCCUUUGCACACUUAGCUUCAUUUCUGUACAUGAUGAAGUCCUUGGACGUUGGAAGAAAAGAGAGGGAUGAUUUUCUUAACAAAAUGAGCAUCAUCGCUAAUCUUCGGCAAGAACAAAUAUCGGAACUGGAAGAAAGCGUGGAGAUUCUGCAAUAGGAGUGUUAGCAGUCGCAGAAAUUUCUUACAAUGAAUUCUGAGUAUCUGCAACCUUAAUUAAGAUGAAGAUAAUUGUGUUGCUUGUCAAAUGGUUUGAACGAGUCACAGCGAAAAAAAAGAUGCUUCCAUUGAUUCCUCUGGUUAGAUAAAACAAAAACGAUAUUGACACGACAAUGCUGUGUCGGAAUGUGUCCAGCAUGCGUAAAGUCAUUGCUGUAAAUUAUAGCACUGUGCUCCAUAGAUUUUGGAUUGCCAUUUUUCAUCAAACUGCUUUUUUCAAAAAAUAAUUAAAAAUUGGGACGGUUUCUUAAAUUUUUCCUUUUCGCUUUGGACGUUUACCAAUUAAAAAAGAAAAGUUUAUUUCAAACUUGUUAAAAUGAGUUUUGUUAAACAAGCGUCUUAUUGGUGUCUUUCAACACUAUUUUUUUAAUUUGUAUAUAAAAUACUAAACAAAUUUGUAUAGUUCUUUAGUCCAUAAAUUAUUUUUGUGUGUAAUUUUUUUUUUGAAGAAGAAGAAGAAACAACAGGC